CACGUUUAAAUUUUACUCCAAUAGUUCUUCUGACUCUCCGGUUGUGUGAUAUUGCUGUUGAUGCAUGCAAGACAGCAAAUGUAGCCUAAACUAACCUCACGCACGCUGCGAACUACCAGGAGUCGGAUGGCCCAGGCAUUCUACGGAUAAUCUACACACGAUGUCUGUAUCCGCAGUUUGGUGCCUGAGCUUACUGAUCGUGAGUUCUGCAGUAACCCACACCACCCGUGCCGUCACUGUGCUGCCUAAGACAUGUAUGUCGCAUCACCAGCCGGGGGACAUUGUGCUAGGAGGAAUUUUCCCCCUCCGAUUUGCAAGCCGGCCAGCGUGUUCCGGCAGGCUCUCACCGUGGGCUGUGCGCCUGGCAGAGGGGAUGGUGUUCACGAUCAACGAAAUCAACCGCCGUGACGAUCUUCUGCCCAACGUAACGCUGGGUUACGAUCUGCGUGAUGACUGUCGAUCUGAGGAGGUAGCUAUGUGGACGACUCUAUCGUUUAUCCACAACAGCAGCACGGCCUUCCCGGAGUAUCUGGACUGCACACCGGAGACCGUCGGACGAGUCAGUGGGAUAGUUGGUACGGGAUUCAGCCAGACCAGCAUCUUCGUGGCUAAGACGGCAUCUCUGUUUCAAGUCCCCGUUGUGUCGUAUGCUGCAUCCAGCGAUGAGCUGAGUGACAAUACUGCCUUCCCGUAUUUUCUCCGCACCUAUCCCCCUGACAGUCUGCAAGUCGAUGUCAUCCUGGAUGUUCUGGUUCACUUCCAGUGGGAAUACAUCGCUUUGUUGUACUCCUUGACGAGCGAUGGGAUUCACGGCGCAUUCGCCUUGCAGGAACAAGCCGAAGAAAUGGGGGUCUGCGUGGCUUUCUUGUCCCCGAUGCGCGAAUUUCCAACGGACGAUGAGCUGGAAGCCAUCAUUGAGAAACUGCAGACACAUAGCAAAGUGGAAGUGGUGGUGCUUUUCGGCGCUAAAAGCGAGGCACAGGCCGUUCUCAGGGCUGUGAAAGAAUCCGGAAUGAGGCAAAUCGUGUGGCUUGGUACAACCCACUGGGGAUACCAGUUGCUUGAAGAUGAUCUAGGAGAUGUUGCGGUAGGUGCUUUAUUCGUCAGGGACUACAGACCCACAGUGCAGGCAUUUGGUGAGUACUACGCUUCGCUGGAUCCAUCCUCACCCGACACCAGUCCUUGGUUUAAGGAGAUGGCAAACGAAUGGCUCUUGACUAAAAACUGCUCCCACCUGUCCAAGUGCCCACUCAGUCGCGGCAACACCGAGGGAUUGAUAAUGAACUCGGUCAACGCUUUUGCCUACGCUAUGGACACACUUCUGCGACAAAAUUGCUCCGAAGGACUUUGCCAGCAAGAUAACCUCCAGCAAAUGAGCGGAGAAUCGCUCUUACAUGCGCUGAGGAACGUCCAGUUUAAAGGUCCAUACGGCCAAGUUUCUUUUGACUCCAAUGGCGACGGGAGAGGCAGGUACGGUGUUUCCAACUGGCAAUAUCAUAACGGCAAGUAUAAGAUGGAGGACAUUGGCGUGUGGGAUGCGGUCAACUCGACACACCUGUGGCUCAAUGACCAUUUGAUACAGUGGCCCGGCAACAGCUCCAGCCAGCCUCGGUCCGUGUGUAGAGAAGAUUGCUUGCCGGGCUAUGCCUUCACCACCCUGCGCCAACGAUGCUGCUCAGGCUGCACCAAAUGCCUAGACAACAACAUUGUCGUCAAUGAGACGUUGUGCUCUCCGUGUGAGGAAGCCCACUGGCCGGACAGCGACUUCAAGACCUGCAUUCCCAUCGUUCCAACCAGACUCCAACUCAGCGACCCUCUGGUGGCUACUGUCUUGAGCCUCUUGAUCGUCGGUUUGGCCUGCUGCUUGCUGACCGGCUUUGGUAUGGUCGCCAAACGCAAGCACAUCUUGAUAAAAGCCACGAGCCGCGAGUUGACAUGCAUCCACAUCACUGGACUCAUGCUGUCUUACGGAGCUGGCUUGAUACUCCUGACAGCAUAUCCCACCCUUGCGUCCUGCAUUGCCUUCGAGUCCUUCAUCAGCAUCAGUUUCACCAUGUCCUACGCUCCCACUCUGCUGAAAGUGCUCAGGAUCCAUCGGAUCUUCAAGAGUGGUCGAGUGACAAACAAACGCCCAAGGUUUACGUCUCCCAAGUCACAGAUUGUCAUCGUUGUAAUCUUUAUUGUGGCUCAGCUUAUCAUGUCGUUCUUGUCGGCAACGCUCAGCCCCUCCACUCCAUACAAGCUGUACACACUAGACAUGGGCAACUACAGCGAGAUCUACUGCGCCUUUGGCUACGGCUUCCUGGCGCCUUGCCUCCUCAACCUGGCCAUCAUCACGGCUUGCUGCUACUUCGCAUUCCGCGCACGCAAGGUACCAGACAACUACAACGAGUCCCGCUUCAUCGGCAUCAGCGUGUACACCACGCUGGUGCUGUGCCUAGCGGCUAUCCCGGUCUAUACGACAACCAACCGGGUCCUGCCCAAAGUGGCUACCAUCAGCCUAGCCGUAACCCUCAACUCCUACCUUUCGCUGGUAUGCCUGUAUCUCUCCAAGCUCUACGUCAUCGUCUGCGGGUAUAAAGUCCAGCCGAGUACCAACCGCGGUUCCUUCACGUUACAGAAUGCCGCUUCGACCUCCGCGUUCGCAGCGACCACAUCCAAUGUGCGUCAACCGGUCAUGUCCGCCUGGGGCAGCGAGUCCACUCACGGCCUUAACCCGAUGAUGGCAUACGGCGCGAGCACUUCCGAAUCCAAUAAGGCUUAGGCAAACCCCAUCCAGCCCACAAUACAAUUACACAAUGCACUCUGGUGCACUUUUACAGACACUUUCCGCACUUCCGGAUCGCGCAACCCCGUCUCAUCCUUCCGAGAAAAAUAUCAACAAUUGGGUUGUCUCACGCAAGAACGGUCUAAUGAAUCAAUGAAGUUCUAAAUUGUGAGAGAAAUAACGGCCACCAAAAAUAUCAUGGGAGAAAUAUCAACGGACUCAACCCUGAGGGCAUGUGUCUACUAAUUCACUGUAUCUUUUUGAAAUGUUUCCAAUGCACUCCUUCUGUUGCAAUGAAGUUGGAACUUCACCCACAUACCUUAACAAAAGUACAUGUACAAUACAUGUGGAUAGAAAGAAUUUAACCCGAAUUCGGAUACCCGAAGCACCAUUGAUGUAAUUCAAUACAGUUUGAUAAGAUUCACUGUGAACACAAUGUCGUACAAAAGGCAGAGAAAAUACCACGGGGUUUCAAAACCACUGCAUUAAAUUAAUGUUUCCCGCGCCUCUUUCCAUCUCACACGACCGAGGCAUUUUACAGGCAAGUUGCGCCAGACAGUCUCCAAAAAUCUCCCUGUAAUGUUUUGUGGGAUUUCCACAAAGUGUUUGAUAAAAAUGCAGCCGGGGGUCCUUAAUAGCUUGCAGUGCAUUAUUUGCUGCCAAAUUCAAAUUCCCUGAUGUGACUUUGCCCCUAAGCAUUAAUAAGAAACAAUCCUUUUCACCGAAUCUCAUGAAAAUACACACCUAAUGUUUAGUCGUGAUUCAAUAAGACGCCUGUCCCUCGUGAUACCAGCCCAUAAAGC